UGUUCAACUCUGUGGAAUUUGAUUCCAAUUUUCUCCAUUUAUCAAGAAACAAGACAGCUUCAAUUCUUUUUGGCAUUUGGUAUCUAAAGUCUAACAAAAGCAAAAGUUUUAUUCUUUCUUGCAUUUAUGAUAGUAAUAAUAAUUUAAUUAUAAUUUUGAUAAUGGGGAGAGAGAGAUUGAGUAGUUAAUAGUUCACUUCUGCUUUCAAAAGCCAUAAUGGCAUCUCCACUUUAAAGAACCCCAAUUUGCUUAUCGCAUUGACCCUUAUUUCCCUCUCUUUGCUGUGUGGGCAUUUAAUUGAAGUACAUCUUUUUCCUAUUUCCUAUUUCCUAUUUUAUAUUGCCAGCUGCUCUUAUUUUCUUGGUAUAGAGAACUGCUUCCUCCCUCUCACCAACAGCUAUGAAAGUUUCACUGGGUGAAAUAACUUGAAUGGUAUUUCUCAUACGUUACUACUGAAGAAAAUUAUUUUUGAAUGAAGACUUGGUUGAGUUGAGUUGGCUGUUCUUUUGCUGUGGCGUGCUUCUGAAUGCGAGUUAUCAGAAGCAUUUAUUGAACUGGGGCUUUUUUUUUUACCAUUUACCAUUUCAUAGAAAGAUGUUUUGUCAUUGUGGUUCACAAAACAAAUAUAAGAGAUUGGAUGCCAAGCUUGAGAAGAAGAUGAUUGAAGUAAAGAGAAGUUCAACGGGGCAUACGAAUUUUAAAUCUAUUGACAGUAUAAUCUUGAGGUUUCCUCAGUUCAAAGACGGACUGAAAAACAUCAGGGGUGUAUUUGAACUGUAUGAUGAAGAUGCAAAUGGGAUUAUUGAUCGUGGAGAACUCAAAAGAUGCUUACAGAAACUGCAACUCAAUCUAAAAGAGCAGGAGAUUGAGGAUCUGUUUCACUCAUGUGACAUUGAUGGGAGCCAAGGGAUACAAUUCAAUGAGUUUAUUGUUCUUUUGUGUCUCAUCUAUCUCCUAGUGGAACCUUCCUCCUCUCCUCAUAGUACAUCGAAGGUGGGUUCACGGGAGCUUGAGGCCACUUUUGAUACCAUUGUGGAAGCAUUCUUAUUUUUAGAUAAGAAUGGUGAUGGAAAGCUGAACAAGAAAGAUGUGCUCAAGGCAUUGAAUGAGGCUUCUCCUUGGGAGAAAUCGCCUGCACGCGUCACCAAGUCACGAUUCAGAGAAAUGGACUGGGACAGGAACGGAAAGGUCAGCUUCAGAGAGUUCCUCUUUGCUUUAAUAAACUGGGUUGGGAUUGAUGCUGAUGAAGAAAUCCCAGUGAUGGGAAGCUAAACCAAGUGCAAGACAAUUUCAAAGAAAAAAAAAAUGCGCUGGAUAAUAGUUCAACAUGAGGUCAGGAUCAAAGCAUCUAUGUAAAUGCCCAAAAAACUCAAGUCUACUAUUUAGUAUUGUUUCUACUUUGUCCUGUUCAUGUAUCAUAUUAUUUCCUUUCAAAUGAUAAAAGUUUCAGUCAUCCUAUGAAUCAUCUUACUAGUUUAUAAGAUUAUUUCACUUCCUUA